AGUCAAAACCUGCCUAAUACUGUAUCCUCACUUCACAUAAACCUAAUCUCUCUCUCUCUCUCUAACUUAUAGAAUUCGCAUUCAUAAGAUAUACGCUAAGUGCCAAAACUAUUCAUGUGUUUGGCCCUUCAUGUUUUUAAUUCAUCAGUCCAUGAUUCUUAUGGGCUCUCUUGUGUCUUGAUUGUUGCGACUUCUUGAUUUCGAUUUCUGAAUAUCUGAUUAUCUAAGGGUUAUUGAGUACUCUUGAGCAUUCUUUCAGGGUUCUUGAUUAGUAUAUUCAUGUACUAAUAAAUAAUAAAUUGGUUGAUAUGAAUGGGACAGGGGAGAUAUGAUAAUAACUGCAAAAAGAAAAGUGGACAGAUUCCGAGGUUUGGAGAAUGGGAGGAAGCAAAUGAGAUGCCAAUAACACAAUACUUUGAGAAUCCAAGGCAAGCUGAAGCCUUAAAGCAUGGUUUUCACCAUCCCCGUCAACGUCACCUCCAUCCUUCAAGACAGACGGCGGGGACGAAUGAAAGGAGGCGCCCACAAAGGCGCGUGCGCGACGUCAGUGCACAGACAGACAAGUAUUAUGUUGACGUCACUGGAGUGAAGCAGCACCAAAACAACGUUGCCUCAGCUUCGAGGCCACCUAAGCCCGUUGAUGAGGAUCUCUACAAGAUUCCUCCUGAGCUUUUAUAUUCUUCAAGAAGGAAGAGAAUGCCUGGCUUUUUAGCAUGUUUGGUUCCAUGCACGUCUUAAACUGAAAAAGAAGAAUGAAGAGAAGGAUCAUGCAUGAAUCGAAUAAUGUAAUUUGUAUUUUUAUAAAUUUAAUUUCACUCAAUAUACAUAUAUAUGAUAUAGUCAUAUAGACGUGGCUUGGCAGAAAAAGAUGGAGAGCACACUCAUGGUUUAUAGAAAAAGAGGGAACAAAGUAAUAGCGAGGUUGUCCUUUUCUUCUUGAUCAGUGAUUAUCGAUCGGUUUCGUAGUGCUCUUGUUACAUCUCUACUUUAGUCUCUACAAAAUUUUCUCUCUAUUUCGUCACAUCGGUUCUCAACAUUUUCUAUUGUAUGUGUGUUCUUUUUAAAAGAAUUAUAAGGAAGAGUACAUCUUUGCAUGUGGAAUAGCGUUCUCCUUUGUUUUUGAAACUAGACUUGGCCACUGAAAGAAAAAAAAACGAGAGAAAUAUUGGAUCAAUGAUCAAAGAAUGAAAAUGAUAGGAUAUUCAAUCUUAAUAGGUGAUAGUCUUUUAAUUUCUACUGCGUUUCAACAAAAUAUGGUAUCAAGCUAAUUCGUUUUAGGUAUUCCAACAUGGAAACAAUAAAUAAAUUCAUGUUUUCAAUUCUACAUCCAUGCAACAAAAUUCAUAUAUGAAUAUGAUGAUAGCAAAAAAAUACUUUUUAUGUAUCAAUAGGAUCUGAUUUUGGUACAUUCAUCCCGUUUUUGUAGCUCUUCACCAUUACUGCAACUCUUGAGCCAUGCCAGUGUAAAACCGCUUCUGCUUUUGUCACUGCAUGAUUUGAUCCUUGCUCUGUUUCUGUCACCCGUGUUCAGUCCGCACAUGAUCGCUAGACCGUUCUCUCUGAUGGAUAACAUUCUA